GACCCGCUUUCGUGUCGCCCUCUAACCCACCUUCCUUCCCGCGAAAAUCUCUCUCUUCUCCGAACGCGUCCUCCCGAUCCCUCAUCCUCAAAUAUCACUCCCAUUCAGCCCUCGAAAUUAUGCAAUGAAGGACCCCAAUCCGAUCCCUCAUGUCCGACCCGCCUGUUCCUCCUCCUCUAGCUCCUGCGACGACGUCGUCUUCCUCCCCAUCCGCUGCUGUUCCUCCUUCCUCCCGAGCCAAGCUCCGCAAGAUCCCUCCCAUACCAAUCCGCGGUUCCCCCAACCAUGAAUUCACUACGAAAAGCGAUGAAGACCUAGAUGAAGGACAACAAGAAGAUGAGGAUGAGGAGGAAGACGAAGAGGAAGGCGACGACGACAAUGAGAACCCCGACGUAUCAGACCCCGUCGAUGCCGAUGCGCCGGUGCUCCUUGCUUCCCUUCUGGGGCUCAACCGCAUUCGCACUCGCUCAGCUCCUUCUCCGCUCCGGUUUUCGUCAUCCAUCGGUGCGCCUUUAAAUUUGGGAGACGAUUCGAUCAGUACUACGGCCGCCAACCCUCCCGCGACCAAAUUGUCCAAUUUGCAUCACCGUGCAUCCUCGUUGUUAGAGCAAGAGAAAAAGGUUCAAUGGAGUCAAUCGAGAUCGCUGAGAACCCCAUUGCCACUCAAUCCGAGGUUGGAGGCUAAUCAUGCGGUCCUUGACAAGGAAAUUCAAUCCCCGCGUUUCCAGGCGAUACUGCGUGUUACAAGUGGGCGCAAGAAGAGAACCCCUGAUAUCAAGAGCUUUUCCCAUGAACUCAACUCCAAAGGGGUUCGACCAUUUCCAGUUUGGAAGUCUCGUGCAUUCGGGCACAUGGAGGAGAUUAUGUUGGCAAUAAGGGCAAAAUUUGACAGGUUAAAGGAAGAAGUUAACUCAGAUUUAGGUGCAUAUGCUGGAGAUUUGGUGGGUAUACUAGAGAAGACUUCAGAGUUUCACCCUAAAUGGAAAGAGGACUUGGAGGAUUUAUUGGUCACUGCACAGCGCUGUGCGAAGAUGUCUUCUGGUGAAUUUUGGGUAAAGUGUGAUGCCAUUGUUCAGAAUUUGGAUGACCGGCGUCAGGAGCUACCGAUGGGGAUCCUCAAACAAGCGCAUACACGACUCCUUUUUAUCCUCACUCGGUGCACCCGGCUUGUGCAGUUCCAGAAAGAGAGUGGUUAUGAACAAGAACACAUUCUGGGACUUCACCAACUCAGUGAUCUUGGAGUUUACUCAGAACAAGUUUUUCAGGCUACACGGAAGGACUUUUCUGGGCGAUUGGGUGGGAAGGAAUUGAAUAAGAAGCAGACAAAGAAAUCACAUGGGCAGGAAAAAGUCAGCCAGAUUAAGAAGCAAGUUCAAGUAGAUCAGGAUAUUAGUAGUGGAGCUGAUGGCGUGGAAGUUAACACUGCCAGAAGUGCUGAUUCAUCUUCAAGCAGUUUUAGAAUGUCAUCUUGGAAGAAACUUCCAGGUGCUGCUGAGAAAAAUCGGAAAGGCCCUGAUGCUGUAGAUGCACCCUCCAAGGAUAAACCGGAUCAGGUGCAACUUAAGGAUGAAAAACAAACUCGUGGAGGUUACCAUAUUGAAAACGUGGAUGCUCCAUUAUGCCACCCUGAAUAUUCAGAGGCUUCUCAUGUAGGUUUACAAACACUGGGACUCUGGGAUCAGCAAAAUGUUACAUAUGAGAAUUCAAUUAUCUGUCGUAUCUGUGAGGUCGAAAUACCAACUGUCCAUGUAGAGGAGCACUCUCAAAUAUGUACGGCUGCUGAUAGAUGUGACUUGAAAGGCUUAACUGUUAAUGAGCGGCUCGAAAGAGUAGCCAAAACGCUGGAAAGGAUCCUGGAAUCUUGGACUCCAAAGAGCACACCUGGAAGCACUGAUACUCCAAGGCGAAGUUUUGAGGUUGCUAGAGUGUCUACUUCAAGCAUGCACGACUUAGAUGACAUGUCACCCAAGCAUAACAAUCUGUCUCAUCAAUGCUGUGAAGACAUCCUUGAUGUUGCUUCCGAUGUUCAUAACAACUUUGUCAUGGAUGAUCUGAACGUUUUGCCUGAACUAUCAUGUGAAGCUCGUCCUAAAAUGACGCCUGAUGAAUGCACAAAAUCUUCGCCAGCUCGAAGCUCGACACCAAGAUCACCAUUAGUGACGCCACGAACCAGCCAGAUUGAAUUGAUUUUGAGUGGACGGAGAACAUUAUCAGAGCUUGAGAAUUAUCAGCAGAUAAACAAGUUGCUGGAUAUUGCUCGUUCUGUUGCAAGUGUAAACAAUUGUGACUACGGUGCGUUGGAGUGUAUGAUUGACCGACUAGAAGACCUAAAGUAUGCCAUCCAGGACAGAAAGGUGGAUGCCCUUGUUGUGGAGACUUUUGGAAGGCGUAUAGAGAAACUAUUGCAGGAGAAAUAUGUAGAUCUUUGUGGGCAAAUAGAAGAUGAAAAAGUAGACCCAAACGCCAUGGUUGACGAAGAAAGCUCGAUGGAAGAUGAUACAGUCCGUAGUCUACGUGCAAGUCCUAUUGAUCCAUGUUCUAAGGACCGGACAUCAAUAGAAGACUUUGAAAUAAUAAAACCAAUUAGUAGGGGGGCAUUUGGACGAGUGUUUCUUGCCCGAAAAAGAGCAACUGGUGACUUAUUUGCUAUAAAGGUUUUAAAGAAGGCUGAUAUGAUCCGCAAAAAUGCCGUUGAAAGCAUUUUGGCGGAACGCAACAUCCUUAUAUCAGUUCGCAAUCCCUUCGUGGUCCGAUUUUUCUACUCCUUUACAUGCAGGGAAAAUCUUUAUUUGGUAAUGGAGUAUUUAAAUGGUGGAGAUCUCUACUCUUUGUUGAGAAAUCUAGGCUGCUUGGACGAAGACAUGGCCCGUGUAUAUAUUGCAGAAGUUGUUCUUGCUUUGGAGUAUUUGCAUUCUUUAAAUGUCAUUCAUAGAGACUUGAAGCCAGACAACUUGUUGAUUGCUCAAGAUGGUCACAUCAAGUUGACAGAUUUUGGGCUUUCAAAGGUUGGCCUUAUUAACAGCACAGACGACUUGCGUCCGUCGGUCAGUGGUACUGGUUUUCUUGGAGAUGAUGAUCUAAAAAGUCAAUCUUCAGUGAAAAGAGAGCAGCGCCAAAAGCAGGAAGUUGUGGGCACUCCUGAUUAUUUGGCACCCGAGAUACUACUUGGCAUGGGACAUGGUGCAACUGCAGAUUGGUGGUCUGUGGGUGUAAUUAUUUUUGAGAUGCUUGUAGGUGUCCCACCAUUCAAUGCUGAACAUCCACAGCAAAUUUUUGACAAUAUAAUAAACAGAGAUAUUCCUUGGCCCAAGAUACCUGAGGAGAUGAGCUAUGAAGCGUAUGAUUUGAUUGACAAAUUUUUGACUGAAAAUCCAGUGCAAAGACUAGGAGCAACAGGAGCCAAAGAGGUGAAGCAACAUUCUUUCUUCAAGGAUAUUAACUGGGACACACUUGAAAGGCAAAAGGCUAUGUUCAUACCAACAGCAGAAGCGCAUGAUACAAGUUACUUUAUGAGCAGAUACAUAUGGAAUCUAGAAGAUGAUCAUAGAGUUGGAGGUUGUGAAUAUGAUGACCUGAGUGAAACAUGCAGCAGCAGAUCAUUCAGCAAUGAACAUGAUGAAGAUGGUGAUGAAUGUGGUAGUCUGGCAGACUUCAAUUGUCCAACCCUUGCAGUGAAUUACUCAUUUAGUAAUUUCUCAUUCAAGAACUUGUCUCAGCUGGCCUCUAUCAAUUUCGAUCUUGUUGUGAAGAACACCAAGGAAUUGCCAGAAACCUCCAAAUCAUCCAUUCCAUGACCAUGGUUACAUUGCAAUCCUUUUGAUUUCACCUAUGAGACAUCAAGUCAUCUUUUGCUUUCUGCUUAGCUUUCAUCACCUUUCAUGGAGUCAGUCUGUAUUUAAUUUUUGGAGGAAAAUCUUCAACUUUAAGAGUUCAAGGAAAGGCUCAUCUGAUCUGAUAUGCUUUCUAUUUCUAAAAUAGCAGUUUUUCUUCCUGAUGGCAAGGAUAUGUCUAAGUCUCCGUCCAUACUGACCAGCUUAUUGCUAGAUAAAAUAAACCGGUAUAGUUCUUUUCUUACUUUUACUUUUUCAUUCGGUCUUCCAUUUUAAGAAUUGUAGUUCUAUUGAGAGAGAACCAUUGGUUUUCCAUCACCCCUUGCGCAUACAACAGGAUAUUAUAAAUAAUGACUUGCUGCUUUAAAUUUUCA